AUGGCAUUGUGGCCUCAUCUGUGGCGCGUUGUUGCGCUGCUUGUGCUGGCUGCUUUUGUUUUGCUCGUCCCACAACACGCCGCUGAAGUAAACUGGCUAGGCGGGUUUGGUAGUAGCUACUAUAAUAUGAGAUGGCCUCACGAGCGGAGUGACCGAUACUCGCAUCUUCGAAAUCCUAUUACGCCUGCAGAGCCUGGUGUAAUUCGCUACGGUGGAGGAGGUAGCGGCUUGGAAGGAGUCUAUAAAACGCUCACGACCAACCAGUCUAUCAGGCACUUAUUGCUGUCCUACAGGAGCUACGGAUGUAUUGUUGAUUCCCAGCCGUUUGCCUUUGAAUUCGGCGACGGUGAUCGAUUUCCACCCUUGGAGACAUUAUAUCUCUCUGAAUACGAGUUUAUGAACACCCGUGAAUAUGAGUACGAGAAACAGCGAUGGGAGACUUCAGUCCUCUACAAGUUAUUGAAGACAUUGGCGGGGCUUGGCCUGAACUUUACGCCAGACAGUAGGCUCACAGUACCUGAACCAAACAUCGACAAAUGGCUACGAGUGAUGGAUUUUAGCAAUAUCCAGGAUCUUGAGCUAUCCUGGCCAGAGGAUAUCUUCUUCCACAGGCUAACCAAUAAGCUUCCAAAAGUAAAGCGAUUUUUGCUGCGAGCUAAUCUCAACCAGUAUCGUGACGAUUAUAUUAUGUUCAUCAAGAGCCUUGAAGGUUUACAGACCCUUGAGUUGGUUGGAACAAACACAAAGAUCUGCAAAUGUCAUGGCAAUCGUACAUUCUUUCCUAUAACAGAUAUUUUGGAGGAUCGAGGUCUGCAUCUACGAAGCCUAUCACUGCAUCAAUUCGAAGGGACCGACCCCGAAAAUCGCCGCACGAUGCUAAGUGUCUCAGAAAUAGAAUAUAUUUACAAAGCAUGCCCAAACCUUACCCAUCUCGGAUUGGACAUUGAUCGUAAUGGGAGCUGGCCACUCGAGCACCUAAAAGCCAUUGUCCAGGGACAAAGUGUAACUUAUCUCACCCUUGGUCUGGAAAUUGGUGCCGACCUGCAUCCACCCGGAAACUAUUACCCUCACGUUGAAUCUUAUAGUUAUCGUCAGGAAAAAUACCGCGAGCCUUACAUCGAUUCCAAUUCUGCUCAUCAGCUGUUCACGUUGAUGCGCGACGCCAAGGUCGGUGAGGAGCUUGAAAGGGUCGACAUUGUGGUCGGUGACCAGAGAAGGGAUUGGCGAGGCGGACUUCGAACAAUUCAAUGGCACGAAGGUAGAGCCUAUAAAAUGGUUUGCAGUGUCAAAGAUAAGGAAGGAGUCAGGUGGGCAGCCGGAUUACCAUGGUGCAUGCUUGAGCGCGAAUUUCUAAGAGAAGAAAAUGAGGAGGAAUUGAGCGAGGAUGGAGAAGUCCAAAUGUUCCGACCCCGCAUACCUGAGGAAACUGUCGAACUAUUCUAA